AUGGCGCAGCAGGAAGGAGAGGUCGUUCAGGCCAAGAAGACCGUCCUGGGCAUGCCCGGAUUCGUGGUCGACUUCAUGAUGGGUGGUGUUUCCGCCGCCGUCUCGAAGACCGCUGCCGCCCCCAUUGAGCGUAUUAAGCUCUUGGUCCAGAACCAGGAUGAGAUGAUCAGGGCCGGUCGUCUCGACCGCAAGUACAACGGUAUCGUCGACUGCUUCCGUCGUACUAUUGCCGACGAGGGUCUCGUUUCCCUCUGGCGAGGCAACACUGCCAACGUCAUCCGUUACUUCCCCACCCAGGCUCUUAACUUUGCCUUCCGUGACACCUACAAGUCCAUGUUCGCUUACAAGAAGGAGCGUGAUGGAUACACCAAGUGGAUGAUGGGUAACCUUGCCUCUGGUGGUGCUGCUGGUGCCACUUCCCUCCUCUUCGUCUACUCUCUCGACUACGCCCGUACCCGUCUUGCCAACGACGCCAAGUCCGCCAAGGGUGGUGGUGACCGUCAGUUCAACGGUCUCGUCGACGUUUACAAGAAGACCCUCGCUUCCGACGGUAUUGCCGGUCUCUACCGUGGUUUCGGUCCCUCCGUCCUUGGUAUCGUCGUCUACCGUGGUCUCUACUUCGGUAUCUACGACUCCGUCAAGCCCGUUGUUCUCGUUGGUCCUCUUGAGGGUAACUUCCUUGCCUCCUUCUUGCUCGGCUGGACUGUCACCACUGGUGCCGGUAUCGCCUCCUACCCUCUUGACACCAUCCGUCGUCGUAUGAUGAUGACCUCUGGUGAGGCUGUCAAGUACAAGGGCUCUCUCGACGCUGCCCGCCAGAUCAUCGCCCAGGAGGGUACUGCUUCCCUCUUCAAGGGUGCUGGUGCUAACAUCCUCCGUGGUGUCGCUGGUGCUGGUGUCCUGUCCAUCUACGACCAGGUUCAGCUCCUGCUCUUCGGCAAGGCCUACAAGGGUGGCUCCGGAUAA